AUGAUGAGAGGGAGAUCUGAUGGAGGCCAAAAAAAGCGGCUCAUUGCUUCGGUCUGCAUCGUCGCUUUAUUCGUCUGCUUCUUGUAUAUGUACUAUGGUUCCUCUAGCCAAGGUGCAUCCGCAUUGGAGUAUGGAAGAUCUUUGAGAAAACUCGGAUCCUCUUAUUUGGUUGGAGAUGAUGACAACGGUGAUACCAAACAGGAUGACUCUGUGACCAAUGAAGAAGACAGUCUUGUUGUGGCCAAAAGUUUCCCUGUUUGUGAUGACCGGCACUCGGAAAUCAUCCCUUGCUUAGAUAGGAAUUUGAUCUACCAGAUGAGGUUGAAGCUGGAUCUAUCUCUGAUGGAACAUUAUGAACGGCAUUGUCCUCCUCCCGAAAGAAAGUUUAACUGUUUGAUUCCUCCUCCAUCUGGCUACAAGGUUCCUAUAAAGUGGCCUAAGAGCAGAGAUGAAGUGUGGCAAGCGAACAUACCUCACACUCACCUUGCGAAGGAGAAGUCUGAUCAGAAUUGGAUGGUUGUAAAAGGCGAGAAAAUCGUGUUUCCAGGUGGUGGUACUCAUUUCCAUUACGGAGCUGAUAAGUACAUUGCAUCGAUCGCAAAUAUGCUUAACUUUUCUAACGAUGUAUUGAACGACGAAGGGAGGUUAAGAACGGUCCUCGAUGUUGGAUGCGGAGUUGCCAGUUUUGGAGCUUACCUUCUCUCCUCUGAUAUAAUCGCAAUGUCGUUAGCGCCUAAUGACGUUCAUCAGAACCAAAUCCAGUUUGCGUUGGAGAGAGGCAUCCCCGCUUAUCUCGGUGUUUUAGGUACCAAGAGACUUCCUUACCCGAGCAGAUCAUUCGAGCUGGCUCAUUGCUCUCGGUGUAGGAUCGAUUGGCUUCAAAGAGACGGGAUCCUUCUUCUCGAGCUCGACCGGGUACUAAGACCGGGGGGUUAUUUCGCUUACUCGUCUCCUGAAGCUUACGCGCAGGACGAAGAGGAUUUGAGGAUCUGGAAGGAGAUGAGUGCUCUUGUUGAACGAAUGUGUGAGGCUUUCUCUACAUAUCCGCGAACAUACGAUCUCUUGCACGCGUGGACCGUUUUUUCAGACAUUAAAAGCAAAGGAUGCAGCGCGGAGGAUCUAUUAAUGGAGAUGGAUCGGAUUCUUAGACCUACGGGGUUCAUCAUCAUCAGAGACAAGCAAAGUGUUGUGGAAUCAAUCAAGAAGUAUUUGCAGGCUUUGCACUGGGAGACUGUUGCAUCGGAGACGGUAACUUCAGGUUCCGAACUUGACCAAGACACUGAAGAUGGCGAGAAAAAUGUCGUUUUCAUUGUCAAGAAGAAACUGUGGCUCACCAGCGAAAGCCUUAGGGACAAUGAGUAA